AUGGACGACAUUCAUGCUCCAACAGUUGCCUCCGGCCCUACGUCCGGAGGGCCCCCUCCCCGCGACCUGUCCAAGCUCGGCAUGGUCGACCUGAUGCAGGAGAAGGAACGCAUCGAAGAGGAACUUUCAGCACUCAGCAGUGUCCUCACCUCACACGGCGUCCGUAUGAGUACAUCGCUGACAACCUUCGAUGGCUUCCCCCGAGACGACAUCGACGUUGCCCAAAUACGGACGACUCGGACACGGAUCAUCCGACUGCGGAACGAUCACAAAGAUGUGAUGUCACAUCUCGAGAAGGGCAUCCACAACCACUUUGCGAAUUUGCAGCGCGCCCAGGCGGUGGCGCCAUCUGGUGGCAACGCGGGUGAUACUCCGGGAUUGCAAGCGAGUGUGUCCGGGAAUGCUGCUUCAGACGCCGGGGCAGCUGGGAUGCCGUUCGCGAAGGUCAAUAGUGUGGUGCCCGGCAGUCCGGCAGACCAGGCCGGCUUGAGGGCGGGCGAUACUGUGCGGAGCUUUGCCAGUGCCAACUGGCUUAAUCAUGAGCGCCUGUCGAAGGUGGCACAGGUGGUUCAACAAAGUGAAGGGCGUACGGUGGUAGUAAAGGUGUCGAGGAAGGAGCCCAACUCUACGAGCAAUAUCGAGCUAUCCCUGGAACUUGUUCCACGUCGCGAUUGGGGUGGUCGCGGCCUGUUGGGCUGCCAUCUGGUCCCAUUGUGA